AUGCCUCGCGCCACAGGUCGAGCUCCCAGAUCCAUCCUUCAGGCCCUUUCACUCCCAUUAGACGGCUCUGGAACCUCCUUUGAGUCUCUCCAUGGGGGGUCAGGGUUCGCCCAAACAGGCCACUUGAAGGCUUCGGCACCAGAUAAAGACGGCAGCGGCACAGGACUGGAGAAACAUUAUUUUGUGAAGAUAUCUUCGUCAACCCGGACUUCAUCAUCUGGUUCUGACCCAUUGCCAGACGAAGGAGCCAUGUUUAGAGGCGAAUAUAUAAGCUUGAAUGCAAUAUCUGGCGCCGUCCCAAAUCUAUGUCCAAGGGCAAUUGCAUGGGGUGAAAUUAAAGAUUUUGACCAUGAGUUUGAAGAAAUACCCUCAACUAGCAAGGCAAAUGGGUCAAACUGGUUCCUUGUCACGGAAUUCUUGCAGCUUGGUGGCAGCGCUGGACGUCGGCCAGCUUCAAACUCUACCUCUCUAGCGGUUCGACUGGGGAAAUUGCAUUCUACCCCGGCGCCACCUCCUCCAUCUGUUGAAGAAGUUGAACAGGCUUCAAUGUCAGAUUUCAAGCUCAAUGGAGCAGAGGGGAAGGGGGGAGAUCGAGUUCCUCAGUUUGGGUUCCCUGUACCCACAUUCUGCGGGAAUGUGAAGCAGCCCAAUAAAUUUCGGCGUUCGUGGGCCGAUUUCUACGCUAAUCAACGGCUAAGGACCGUCCUUGAGGAAUCUGAAAGGAGAAACGGACAGGAUAAAGGUUUACGAGACCUAGUAGAGAGGACGGCCAAAGAAGUAGUUCCUCGCCUAUUGGGUGAUGGGCACCUUGGAUUUGACAAGCAAGGAAAUGGAAAGCCGAUUGUUCCUGUUAUCGUCCAUGGGGAUCUUUGGAGCGGGAACGCCGAUGUGGGGAAGAUAUGCAGAGUAUCUCAGGAGCAAGAUGAAGAAGCGGCGGGUGAUGUGGUAUACGAUCCAUCCUCCUGCUACGCGCACAGUGAGUUUGAACUAGGGAUCAUGAAAAUGUUUGGAGGAUUCGGAGGUCAAUUCUAUAAGGAAUACCACCGGAUUGUACCAAAAACCGAGCCAGAAGAUGAAUACGAAGACCGGAUCGACUUAUACGAGCUGUCAGUUGACAAUGUUCUACUCUUUCCAUUAUAA